AUGAUUUCCCUCCUCCUUUUAGCUAGCCUGGCUCUGGCAAGCAACUCCUGCUUCAGGAACGCAUACAACGCCUCAGGCAGCAUCAGCUUACCAUAUCCCAGUCCCCCCGUAUCCAGCGCAAGCAGCACCUCUUCAGCUUCAGGCAACUAUUCUCUCUUCACAACCCUCGACGUGACCAACUCCUCCGAAACCUCAUGGCAGUAUUUCGGCCUGCAAACCAGCAAUGGAGAUCCCCUGCCUUCUCUGUCGUAUGAGGGAUGCCUGAUCGUCCUUUCUGAUUUCGACGAGGGAGCCCCCAUUACCACCAAGUACGAAAACACAGCCAGUGAGCAGAGCUGCAGCGCCUUUCUCUCUUCCAAGUGCAGAGCUUCCAUCCUCUCCUCCAUCAACAGUACGGCUCUUUCUUUCUCGCAGAAUGGAAGCCCCAAGUCUCCUUGUGGGGAGAUGACAACACUCCCCACUGAUGGAUGUCCUUCCUAUGAGGCUCUUACUGCAGAAAUCUUCGGAAAAAGCCAGAAUUGUACCACCACAUUUGGAAUCGGGGCAUCAGGGAAUACUACAAGCUGGUAUCUGAAGCAGCUGGAUUCCGCGCUGCCCGUCAUCGUCACCGCGUGGAAUAAUGCCUCGCAGAACGGGGAGGAGUCCUGGGCAGAUACGCAGUUGAUGUGUAUCACACCUGACAAGGUGGUUGCGGGCAGUUUACAGAGCAGCGCGGGGAUCAGCUUGAAGAGAUCUUCAAUGAAUGCCCUUGUUUUAUCGGCUUUUCUUAUUUUUUUUCUCUGGUGA